UAGCCAAUCGGGCACGAAGUUACAGUGUGUGGGAAAAGUGAGUUUUCCUUCUUUUGUCAGCAGCUGGGAGACAGACAUCACCCUGCUUUUUGCACGACACACGCGAUGGAUAAGCUGAGUAGCUGACGGUCUCCUUUCGCCUCCUCUUCCACUCUUUCCUCCGUCGUCGCGCUCGUCCGCCGCGGGUUUAUCGGCGGCUUCCAGCAGUUUUGCGCUUACGAUCUGAUUUCAGAGAUGAAGUUUGUCAUCGGCAUCGGCGGGGUAACAAACGGGGGUAAAACUACCCUUACUAACAAGUUAAUGAAAAACUUGCCCAACUGCUGUGUCGUUCAUCAAGACGACUUUUUCAAGCCCCAAGAUCAGAUUGAAGUGGGUGAAGAUGGCUUUAAGCAGUAUGAUGUGAUCACCUCUCUGGACAUGGAGGCAAUGAUGAGCACCAUCCACGCCUGGCUCGAGAACCCGUCGAAAUUCGAGAGGUCACAUGGCGUCGGCAGCACUUCAGAACGGGAGAGGACCCUGCAGACGUGGGACGUGGAGGUCCACAUCCUUAUUGUGGAGGGAUUUCUGCUGUACACGCACGGACCUUUGAUCGACGUUUUUGACCAGUGCUACUUCGUUUACCUCCCGUACGAAGAGUGCAGGAGAAGGAGGGGGUCAAGGAAAUACCUGGUGCCAGACCCACCAGGACUGUUUGAUGGUCACGUUUGGCCCAUGUAUCUGAAACACAAGACCAUCAUGGAGGAGACUGGGGUUGAUGUCGUGCAGCUGGAUGGGACCAUGUCAAAACAGCAGCUGUAUAACGCAGUCUUUGGAGAGAUACAAAACGCUGUUGAAAAGCGACUGCAGUGAACAAGGGUGAGGUCACAUGAUCUGCUGAGGGAACAUAUUCUAUGGACGGGAGAGAUGGUGCUUUGCCUUAAGCUUUAAGUGGCAGCUGCUUAUCAUUAAGUCGGCUGAAACUUUUAAUAUUUAUCUCAUGUCAUUUACUGGCUCAGUUUUAUAUCUGCCAUAUUUAUUGCUUUGACACUUUGAAAUGGUUUUUUAUCUAGAUUGACUUGUCAAUAAACUCUGCCUCCUGCUCCAG